UUGGUAUAGAAGGAAAUAGUGAAAGAAGAAAAGGGAGGACAAGGAGUAGAAAUCAAAAUGCUGGGAAAUACACAGCUAGUAAUCACAACUCUGAAUGUGAAUGGAAUGAACUCACCCAUAAAAUUCAAGCGAAUAGCAGAGUGGAUUAGAAUCCAAAAUCCUACCAUAUGCUGUCUGCAAGAAACACACAUGAGGAAGGUAGAUAUGCAUAGGGUGAAAGUAAGAGGAUGGAGCCAAACCUAUUGGGCAUCAAGUGAUAAAAAGAAGGCAGGAGUUGCAAUCAUGCAAACAUCAUCUGCAAUGGGGAAAAACUCAAAGCCUUCUCAUUAAGAUCAGGAGUCAAACAAGGAUACCCAUUAUCACCUUUAUUAUUUAAUAUUGUACUAGAAACACUAGCAGUAGCAAUUAGAGAAGAAAAAGAAAUUGAAGGUAUUAAAAUUGGCAUUGAGGAGACCAAGCUGUCACUCUUUGUGGAUGAAAUGAUUUACUUAAAGAAUCCCAGGGAAUCAACCAAUAAGCUAGUCGAAAUAAUCAACAACUUUAGCAAAAUUGCAGGAUACAAAAUAAACCCACAUAAGUCAUCAGCAUUUCUAUAUAUCUCCAACCCAGCUCAGCAGCAAGAAUUAGAAAGAGAAAUUCCAUUUAAAGUCACCCGAGACAAUAUAAAAUACUUAGGAAUCUAUCUGCCGAGACAAACACAGGAACUAUAUGAACACAACUACAAAACACUCUCCACACAAUUAAAACUAGAUCUAAACAAUUGGAAAAACAUUGAUUGCUCAUGGGUGGGGCAAGCUAACAUAAUAAAAAUGACCAUCCUACCCAAAAUCUAUUUAGUGCCAUACCCAUUGAACUACCAAAAAACUAUUUUACUGAAUUAGAGAAAACCAUAACAAAGUUCAUUUGGAAGAAUAAAGGAUCAAGGAUAUCCAGGGAAAUAAUGAAAAAAAAAAUACAAAGGAAGGUGGCCUUGCAAUCCCAGAUCUCAAACUAUAUUACAAAGCAGCGGUCAUCAAAACAAUUUGGUACUGGCUAAGAGACAGAAAGGAAGAUCAGUGGAAUAGACUUGGGGUAAAUGACCUCAGUAAGACAGUCUUUGACAAACCCAAAGACCCCAGCUUCUGGGACAAAAACCCAGUAUUUGAUAAAAACUGCUGGGAAAAUUGGAAGACAGUGUGGGAGAGAUUAGGUUUGGAUCAACAUCUCACAUCCUACACCAAGAUAAACUCAGAAUGGGCAAAUGACUUGAUUAUAAAUGUAGCAUCCUAAGCAUAUUCACAUCUAUGAAUCACAAAUGACUGUGUCUCCAAGCCUGGGGUUUUACCGAUAAAGUUUGUGAAGGUAAUCUUGACCUGACCACGCAGCCUGUUGCCUAAGACAAAUUCAUUAACAUGUUCGGAGCACUCACCCGGGAAAGCGCAAGUUGCAAUCUACCCGCCCAAAAGGUGUUCCCUCUACCGUGACACCCAAUCUUGAUUGUCUAAGCUAUGUGAUGUGAUUGUUACGUGUCUAGAGGCUCCUCUUUGCUUCUUCAUCAAUAAAAGCAAAGGCAGCCCUUGAGAUUCUCUCUUUUUUAGGAAUCUUCUUUCACCAUCUCAGAUCUCCGAUCCUCUCUAGCUAUCUCUCUAUCUCUUUCCUCUAGGCCUUCUCCUUCCCCGAGGCUGUAACCAUCCCAGCCUGCAUUCUCUCCCUUAAUCUCAUCAACCACCUCAUAUUCCAUUUAUCCCCAUUUUCCACCUUAAGGAUAAUCAUAAGGGUUGCCUGCCCUAUCCAACCACUGACUUGUCCGUGUCUUUCAUUUCCACCCUGGUUCUCGAUUCCUAUCUCUCCUCGGGUCCCAUUACAAAGGUGAGCCCCUUCCCUUGUGGAACCCUGCUGGUCAGGGAAGUCCAUCAGGACAACAUCACAUGUGGCACCCCGGUUUUGGGAGCGAAAUUCCUUUGUUACAGGCUUCGAGUGCGCACAAUUUGAGGAGCCAUCAGCGAGGUACGGAAUCACAAAGACGUGAUGGGGCAGGUGGCCUCUGACGAUAAUGGAGAAUGCUGGAUUCCCACUAAGCAUCUCAAACCCUGGAGAGGACCAGAUCCAGAUCCAGAGGGAGCUGAUGGGCGGCCAGAGCAGAGCACAACGCCACACGCAGCUCCAGACCAGGAAGAGAAGCAGACGAACAACAUAGACGUCACCAGCUGAUGACAGCUCAAGCACACUGCACAGAAGCUGGAAGGUGCCAAUGGUGAAUACAUCUACACCAGAGACUCAUGUUACACUACUCUUAAUGACUUUCACUAUCAUCCACAUGAUACACGUAUGUCAUGCUGAAGUCUAUUGGUCCAUCCUACCUAAACCUCCAAUACUUAGAAUGUUAACUUGGAUGGACAAGACUCUACUUGUCUUUGUAAACAAUACCCAAUGGCUACCACACCCUGUUUUAGCCAAAAAUAUUCCUCUGGAAUCUGAAGGAGCAUUGUAUAACUAUUCAUGUUCUUCUGUAUAUCCUCCAUUUUGUAUAUCCUUUAGACAUUCUUUCAUAGGAAAUUCCUUCUGUUUAAUACGCAGAGUUCAAGCUUGGAUAGUAAAAAAUGCCACUGACAACACUUACAUAGGAAUUGGUAUGGGCAUGAUAGGAAAGGGAUAUAAAACACCACGUAAAUCACUGAAACCUAACAACCCCAAUUAUAAGAACUUAUGUACCAACCAGAUAACAAAUUUCUACAGCAAGCUAUCAUGGACAGAUUGUUAUAUCCUCCCUCCUAAAAGGGUUAAAAUGCCAGCAGCAGUAAACUUUAAGGUUUAUAAUUGGGGACCUAGAUUACAAUGUGGAGAUUCUGAAGAAUCAAUUCGUAUAGAUAAAUACAGCAAGUAUGAAAAAUGGCUCAUACCAUGCCCUACAUUCCAUAACAUUGACAGCUUAUUAGAACUUGAUAUGGCUAGUCCUCGACUUGCUAUUGAGGCAGGUCCCAUGCAGGACACACAAUGGAAAAUAGCAGCAGCCACACAACCAAUAUAGAAGUUCAAAGUCAAUGUGAGAAACUCAGGAAUUCAUUUUGAGUAUGACAGUCACACCAAUGUUACUGCAUGUGUAUUUGCUCCAUAUGUAAUGUUAGUAGGAGAUAGUCUUCAUAUUUUUCAAAACAAACAAGGAUUGUAUGAGAUCAAAUGCGUUAAUUGUCACUUACAUCAAUGCAUUGAUUCCACACAUAAGAACUCAUACAUAGCCAUAAUGUUCCAGCCACCUUUGAUGUGGUUACCGGUGAAUCUUACAGAGACAUGGGCAUCUACUCCCACCAUACAUAUUGUACAAAAAGCAUUUAAUACCAUUUUACAUCAAUUCAAAAGAAUGGUAUUGGCAUUCAUAGGUGCAGUAGUGACCAUUGUCGCUAUGAUAACAUCACUAACCACAGCAACUGUUGCAUUAACUACCUCUAUACAAAACCAAGGAUUUAUACAAGAAAUUGUAUCUAACUCAUCUGAAUUGUGGCAUACUCAGCAAAGUGUUGACUUAGCAUUUAAAGAUGAACUAGAAACAUUAAAAGAUGUUGUAUUUUGGCUAGGAAAAGAGAUUGAAGCUUUACAUACUAGAAUUACUUUUCCUUGUCAUUUUAAUCAAACAGGUUAUUGUAUUACACCUCUACCAUAUGGCAAUGUUUCCUAUGGUUGGCACACUGUAGUGGAACACAUAAGAGGUGCUUGGGGACGUCAUAACAGCACGUUGGAUGUUAUAAAACUUCAACAAGAAAUUAAUAAGUUAGACCAAAUUGUAUACGAACAGGAAGCUGAAAAAAUUGCAUCCCAAUGGGAAGCAACUCUAACUUCCUUGGAUCCCAGAAAUUGGUUCGGUAGGAUUAACUUGAUGAGCAUUUGCUCUAUAAUAAUAUUCAUACUGAUAAUUAUUGGUUUAUUAAUACUUUGGAGAAAAGGUUACAUAAAUAGGGCUUUUAUCAGAAAUAUGCAACCAGAUGUGGCCCUAUCUCGUGAUCCUCACACUGUAUCCCAUGUUGAUAUUGAACUACAACCACUCAAUAAGUAAUGUACAAAAGUGAUAAUGUCUUUUAUACUUGAAUUGAUGCUUACACCACUGUUUGAAAAAUGUAAAAGAUGGUAAUAUCUUUGGAAUGCUAUUCAAAAAAAGGGGGGGGGUAAGACAGAAAGUAUUUUUAAGAACAUUUUUACACCAUUUUAUAUCAUUUUUAAUCCUAUUGAGCAAUUUUUAUUUGAUGCUCUCACUUUUCUCCGAAUAUUUUGAUUAUACUAUGUUGUUUUCAUUUUUCUCUUAUAUUUUGAAAAAUAUUUCAAGUACUUUUAACAAUCCAAUCUUGAGCAAUGAAGAUACAAAUGUUUCUUUUAAAAUGUACCCAAUAGUAUCAGAUUACAAGAAGGUGACAGCAUUUGUUAAAGUUGCAGGGGACUAUCCUGGGAUACCAUCACUGAUUGCAUAAAAAGGGAAUUCAGAGGACACCUCAAUGGGCUGGAUAGCCAAAGCCACACACACACACAGGCAUAUACUCCAUAAAAGAUGGAUAUAUGUGGGCUGCUGAGGUUGGAGGUACUGGGACACGGUGCUUGACACCCUCAUUCACAGGUGGCUCGGAUAUCAAAGUCCAACCAUAUUGCCAUGUGGCAGGCAUCUAGGCGGGUAUCCCUAAAAUGCAUAAUCAGUACAAGGGAGAAAAAGGAGAUUCCCCUUCAUAUUCAGAGACAGUUAUCUUUUAUCUUGCUACAAAAGCACUGGCAACUUCUUAUAAUCCUAACUGUGUGUGUGUGAUAAUCUAAUGCACCUAUCCUAUGUUCUAUGGGACUACUACCUCAAUAAUUCAGGAUAAUCAGAGUGAAAACUAUUUUCUCAUUACUUUUAUCAUUAUUUUUAAUCAUUUAUGAAAAUUUUCAUCCUUGAUUUUGAUUGUUUAGUAAUAAGAACACAUUUUAUCUUUGCAAUAAUCUUUAUGAGUAAAGAGGAAGAUUUUAUUAUUGUUAUUAAUCACACUUACUUUUUUCAGUCAAGGCUUUGGCAAUAUAUUUUGAAUAUCUAUUUUUAAUCACCUCAAGCAUCAAUUGAUGAUGCUACAUGAUUUUUAUAUUUUAACUUUAGUCACAUUUCUAUAUCAAUCACCUUUCUUUUUAUUUUAAAAAACAAAAAAGGGGGAUAUGUAGCAUCCCAAGCAUAUUCACAUCUAUGAAUCACAAAUGAUUGUAUGGCGACUGUGUCUCCAAGCCUGGGGUUUUACCGAUAAGGUUUGUGAAGGUAACCUUGACCUGACCACGCGGCCUGUUGCCUAAGACAAACUCAUUAACAUGUUCGGAGCACUCACCUGGGAAAGCGCAAGUUGCAAUCUACACACCCAAAAGGUGUUCCCUCUACCCUGACACCCAAUCUUGAUUGUCUAAGCUAUGUGAUGUGAUUGUUACGUGUCUAGAGGCUCCUCUUUGCUUCCUCAUCAAUAAAAGCAAAGACAACGCUUGAGAUUCUCUCUUUUUUAGGAAUCUUCUUUCACCAUCUCAGAUCUCUGAUCCUCUCUAGCUAUCUCUCUAUCUCUUUCCUCUAGGCCUUCUCCUUCCCCGAGGCUGUAACCAUCCUAGCCUGCAUUCUCUCCCUUAAUCUCCUCAACCACCUCAUAUUCCAUUUAUCCCCAUUUUCUGCCUUAAGGAUAAUCAUAGGGGUUGCCUGCCCUAUCCAACCACUGACUUGCCCAUGUCUUUCAUUUCCACCCUGGUUCCCUAUUCCUAUCUCUCCUUGUGUCCCAUUACAAAGGUGAACCCCUUCCCUUGUGGAACCCUGCUGGUCAGGGAAGUCCAUCAGGACAACACCACAAUAAAGAAGGAAACUAUAAGUAAAUUAGGUGAACACAGAAUAGUAUACAUGUCAGACCUUUGGGAAGGGAAAGAUUUUAAAACCAAGCA